CCGUCUGACUCGACGACACGAGGAUGACGAGAGGCAACUUUUUCUCAUCAUCAUCAUUGGCAUUUUUCAUACUCAGUCUAGCAUACGUAUACGCGAAACAAGACAUACUAAAGCCAUCUGUGGACGUCGUUCGAUAUGAGAGAGUAAAGCCACUGGACGGCAAUGGGAACAGAGUGGCGACAGUGUCAACACGUGAGGUCUCCGGUCAACACUCUCACACAGCCGUCUUUCAGAUGCACACGCAUGGCAAAGUGUUUACUCUAGAUCUGGAACUCAACAGAGGUCUGUUUGCUGAGGGAUACAAGGAAGUGUACUUUGACGCCAACGACGAGCCAGUUGUGAAGACAACUGUUGACCAUUGUUAUUACCAUGGCUCUCUACGAGGUAUUUCUGAUUCACGAGUGGUUUUUUCUACCUGUGAAGGUCUACGAGGCAGUUUUAGCUACGGUCUCACGUCUGACACUCAUUUCUACGUCGAACCUCUAACGAGCGGCUCAGACAAGGAGGGCCAUCUUCAUGCUGUUUUCAGAGGCAGCGACCUGGUGGAUGCCAACAAGACAACGACAUGUGGUGUUGGUAAUAGUAGUCAUAGCUAUAAUGCUUUUCAUGUUGUCAACGAGCUUAAGAAAUCGUAUUCGAGGGUUGAGAGAGACGUGCAUACUGAAACAAAGAAUAUUGAACUACUUAUUGUUAAUGACUUUCGUCAGUAUCAGAAACGCGGGAGCGUUGCUGCAACUGGAGAUAGGGCAAAGUCUAUUGCUAAUUUUGUGGAUUCGUUAUACAAGGCACUGAACAGUCGUGUGGCAUUGGUGGCUGUUGUGACAUGGAACAACGGCGAUAAGAUCACGGUAUCGACUAAUCCCGACACGACUCUCGACAGAUUUCUUGAAUACAGACAGAAUACUCUACGAACAGCAUAUAGCCAUGACAUUGGCGAGCUGCUAACGAACAUUGACUUUGCUGGAACAACAGUUGGAAUAGCUCCGGUGAAAGGGAUUUGUAUAGCUUCCGCAUCUGGUGGGAUCAACCAGGAUACGUCAACGACGGAUAAUGUUGGUGCAAUCAUGGCACACGAAAUGGGACAUAACCUUGGCAUGGAGCAUGAUGAUGGACGUGGCUGUACGUGUACUGACACAACUAAGGCCGGUUGUAUAAUGGAAGCGGUGAGUGGUUCUAUUCCGCCAACAGUUUGGUCUUCAUGCAGCGUGGCAGACCUUCGAAAAUCCCUAAAUGACGGAGUUGGCUCAUGUCUCUUCAACGUACCAACCCAGUUGUUUGGUGACCCGGUCUGUGGCAAUGGAUUUGUUGAAAGUGGAGAAGAAUGUGAUUGUGGUUCGACUACGGAAUGUCCUACGAACGAUCCAUGCUGCACACCUGGAACGUGCAAGCUAAAAUCAACUUCAGAAUGCAGUAAGGGCGAAUGCUGUGAUAACUGCAAGUUCAAGGCGGUCGGUGUUGUAUGUCGGAGUUCUACUAACGACUGUGAUUUACCCGAGCACUGUGUUGGUAAUUCAAAUAAUUGUCCAGAAAAUUUGUACAAGCAAGACGGAACUUCUUGUGACAGUACCGAUGGUUAUUGCUUUGAUGGGCAAUGCAACACACUUGACAAACAAUGCAAGUAUCUUUGGGGCUCAACCGCUUCAGUGGCAAACGAGGUUUGCUAUGAUAGUGGCAACAAGCGUGGCGAUCAGUUCGGACACUGUGGUGUUAGUUCAACCAGCUUUUACAUUCGUUGUUCUUCAAGUAACGUGUUGUGUGGUCUACUGCAAUGUCAGGGUGGUAGCACUUCUCCUGUUGUGGGAGGCAGCAGCCGUUAUGGAACUCUAACGUACACAAUCGGAGGCAGGACGUAUCCUUGCAAAGGUGCGAGUGUCGAUCUUGGGGAUGAUAUUCGGGAUCCGGGUUUGGUGAACGACGGGACCAAGUGUGGGACUAACAAGUUUUGUAUGUCUCAUGUUUGCACUGAUAUAACGUCGCUCAAUAUUCCUGCUUGCCCAUCCGGGUCUAACGGACAAGUCUGUUCGGGAAAUGGGGUAUGCAAUAGUCUUAAUAACUGUGUGUGUAACAGCGAUUAUCUGCCUCCUACGUGUGCAAGCAAAGCAGCAACGCCGAUUGAUGGACAGUGGGGCUCAUGGAGUCUGUGGUCUUCGUGUAGUCGUACUUGCAACGGAGGAGUCAGAUCCCGAUCUCGAUUCUGUGAUAGUCCAGCUCCCGGCAAUGGUGGUCAGUCGUGUCCGGGUUCGAGUACUAGUCAAGGGACUUGCAACACACAGACAUGUCCACAGGUCAUUGAUGGAGGAUGGAGCAGUUGGGGUAGCUGGUCAAGUUGUACUAAGUCGUGUGAUUCGGGUGUCCAAUAUCGGACGCGAAGUUGUACGAACCCUGUACAACAGAACGGUGGCGCUGUAUGUACGGGUGGUGGGAUUAUAUACCAGGACUGCAACAAACAAGGUUGUCCAGUUGAUGGUGGGUGGGGUACUUGGAGCUCUUGGGGCAGUUGUUCUAAAUCAUGUGGCACAGGAAGCAGAACACAUAGUCGUGUGUGUAAUAAUCCUGCUGCUCAGAAUGGCGGAAGUCCAUGUAGUGGAGGAGGAUCAGAGCAGCAGUCGUGCAACACACAAACAUGCCAAGCUGUUUUGAAUGGGAAGUGGAGCAACUGGGGAACUUGGUCUGCGUGCUCAGUGCUAUGUGGUACAGGCAGUAGGUCCCGUUCGAGACUGUGUGACAAUCCACCACCUCAAAACGGUGGCCAAGAUUGUAGUGGGAUCUCUACUGAUCCUGAAUCGUGCCAAGGAAGCCAAUGCCCACGAAAUGGUGGCUGGAGCAGCUGGCAAGAAUGGAGCGAUUGCUCGGUUACUUGCGGUGGUGGCCAACGGGUACGCACCCGAGAGUGCACGAAUCCAGCUCCUCUCAAUGGUGGCACUGCAUGCCCAGAUGUGGAUGCUAUUGAUGAGUCGCUCUGCAGUACAAUUGACUGUGAUGUUACAGAAACAGUAGCAGGUUGGUCAAGCUGGUCACAGUGGUCUGACUGUGAUGCGAGUGACUGUAGGAAGUCACGGUCGAGAACGUGCAAUCUGCCAUCAGGAGGUUGUGUGGGUAACUCCCUGGUUGAUGUGGAAUGCACAGAAGUGGAAUGCGCCGAGAGUCGUAACCAGACGUUAGUUGGGAAUGGAGGUGGUGGUGGUGGUGAUAGUGGUGGUGGUGGUGGCAGUAAUACUGCUGCUAUUGCUGGCGCUAUUGUUGCUGUAUUGGUCAUUGUAGCUAUCGUGGUUGCUGUCGUCGUUUACUGUGUGCGCAAGAGGUCUUCAGGCAGUGGGUCGAUUAACAGACCUGUCUAUAGUGGAUACGCCCCCGCAAAAUCAGAACAGAAUUCUGGUGGAUACAGGGCUUACGACGGGUAUCGACCACCUGCUCUACAUACAUCUACCUCACAGGAACGACUUCUGGAUGGCGAUCAAGGACCAUCAGUUAGCAGUUUUUUUGGAGAUUCAUCUCCCACACCAUCUCCCGUGCCCCUUAAACGCAAAGCUCCCGCACCUCCACCACUCCAAGAAAACCCGAUUUCUCGCCCAGCUUAUCGUCCUCCCGAGCCUCCCAUGAAGCCUCAAUCCAAACCAACCAUCUCUGUUUCUGUUCCGGCGAAGCCUUCUCCUUCGGUCACUAGGAAAGCACCUGUUCCUAGUGCUAAACCUCUCCCACCUUCAAAACCUCUGCCCCCUUCAAAGCCGUCGGACGUCAAAUCUGCUGGUCCUCAGACAAAACCCAAACCAGCCGGAGCCGUUCCAUUGUUUCCUGUUGGGAUCUCAUUGCAGGCAUCGGAGCCACCCAAGAAGGCCCUCAAGCCUCCAAAACAGUGACCUCCCAAUCGAGUGAAUGACACAUGCAGUUAACUGUCUAGGGGGGUGUUGAAUAUAUAGAGGGAUUUCUGGGUUGGUUUUUAUCUGCGUGUAGGUAGAUAUGAUUUCAAUCGAAUUGUUGAGCAAAUAUUUUGGUUAUGUGUAUGAAUUAAUUAACAUUGCAACUGAUAAGUUGUCACUGCUGUCGACGAUGACUAUAGCUGUCAGGUUUGUAUUGAUCGACCUCUGUUAAUAAUCACUUAUACACACGUACGUGAAUAAGAACAGAAAAAUAAAAUUAGUUGUUUGA